ACUCGGACUACUUCGGUCAGUAAAUUCCUCGGAGACCUCGUCACCACCUGACCCAAAGCUGACCUCCUCAAGGUGAUGUGAUAGAAAUCCUGAUGAAGAAUCACCAUAUCAUCGCCAUGGAUACCCGUGGUCACGGCCGCAGCACCAUGGACAGUGUGCCGUUUUCCUACGAACUCUACGCCAGCGACGCUGCCGGCCUGCUAGAGUCCCUGGGCAUCGCCAAGGCCGCCUGGGUAGGCUGGAGCGACAUGGCAAUGGGGACCUACGCCGCGCUGAUGGAUGCGCACAACAGUUCGUUGAUAGACCGGGCCUUCGCUUUUGGCGGUGGUCAUGAAGUUGCCUCUACCAAUGCCAGUUUCACAUCGACAGCUAUUUACGGCGAGUUCGUCACGCGCGCACAGCAGGAGUACCAAAAGUUGCAGCCGAACGGCAACUUGACGGCUUUCGCCAACGCGGUGGCAACCUUGGAGGGCACACAGCCCAAUUGGGCACAGUCCGAUUUCUCCAAGAUCAAGCUGGGAUCCAAGGUCACCGUCUCCGAUGGACAGUACGAGGAGGCGAUCGUGCUGAGCGAGCCUGCACUACUACAUAGCUGGAUCAAGGGAAGUCGGCUUGCGACGAUGACGAAUGUCAGUCACUUUGCUCCAGUUCAGGACCCGGUCCAGUUUGCUGUCAAGGUUGAAUCGUUUCUCAAGGCCUGAAGAACAGAAUAUAUAGUGGACGUCACUCAUAGCAUUAUGCAAUCAGGCACUCUAUACAAAAUCGCUGACACACUAUGAGACACAUUCACCGUUCUGUCAAUUACGUUGAGAUGUUGUUUUAUUUUUAUUUUUAAAAAGCUUUAGUGGUAGCAGCAUGUGACGAUGACGACGAAUCUUCCGAGGUCAAAGUUUAUACAUACAAUAUGCGACCA